CGCAGCCUGGGCCUAAGCUUGACACAGUCAAAGACCGAUACACAGCCAGACAGUGAAGUUCUCCUCUCCUACGGACAAGCUUAACAACAACUUAAAAUGGGAAACUGCCAACCCACAAUUGUUCCUUAUGAGGACUUCGAUGUCGUCGCUGACAUCAAGGCAAUCCGCAAGGCCUGCAAGGGUCUGGGGACUGAUGAACAGGCCAUCAUUGACAUCCUAGCCAACCGCUCUGCCGAGCAGAGGAUGGAAAUCAAACAGGCCUACUUUGACAAGUAUGACGAUGUGAGUCAGCAGAGGGAGCUGAUUGAGGUGUUGAAGAGCGAACUGUCUGGAAGCUUUGAGAACGCAAUCAUCGCCAUGCUGGACCCUGCUCACAUCUACGCCGUCAAGGAGCUGCGGCGGGCCAUGAAGGGUGCGGGCACUGACGAGGACGUGCUGGUGGAGAUCCUGUGCACCGCCACCAAUCAGGACAUUGCUAUGUUCAAGGAGACUUAUUUUCAAGUCCACGAGAGGGACCUGGAGGCUGACAUCGAGGGGGACACGAGUGGCGAUGUGAGGAGGCUGCUGACUCUUCUCCUGCAGGGGACUAGAGAUGAGGGGUAUGAUGUGGAUGAGGCCUUGGCCGAGCAGGACGCCGCCUCCCUGUUUGAGGCAGGAGAAGGCCGUUUUGGGACAGACGAGUCUACAUUCAGCUACAUCCUUGCUACCAGGAACUACGUUCAACUACAGGCUACGUUCAAGGCCUAUGAGCAGCUGUCGGGAACAGAGAUAUUGGACGUCAUUGAGAAUGAGACCUCAGGCACCCUGAAAAAAUGCUACAUCGGUCUCGUGAGGUGUGCCAAGAACCCUCAGUUGUACUUUGCCCGUCGUCUGAACGCAGCCAUGAAGGGUGCUGGCACAGAUGAAGACACUCUCAUCCGCCUCAUUGUGUGUCGGUCCGAGAUUGACCUGGAGACCAUCAAGGACAUGUACCUGGAGAAGUAUGACGUGUCCCUGAAGGACGCGAUCAAAUCUGAGUGCGGCGGUGACUUCAAGCGCCUCUUGCUGGCUAUCUGCCACUAAGAGGAGGCGCUUAGUGAGGAGGAGACGAGGAGGUGGAGGGCGUCCAGUGAAGGACCCAGGGGCGCUCUGUCUUGAGUACAUGUUAUAACCAGCAGUACAAACUAACACAACUCACCACACACAAGUCCUUCAGUCCUCAACAUCCUCAAACUUGAUAUACCUUUAGUGGGGCUAGGAUGGGAGUGAGAAAAGGAGGGAGGAAGGGGAGAGAAACAAAAGAAAAGAAAUGAACAGGAAUGAGUGUAAGAAAAGGUAGCGAGACACUAGGAGAGAAAUGGGGGAAAGUGGAUGUAGAAUGAUUGAGACACGGGUAGAUGGGGCAAAGGAAGGAAGAUCAUUUUAAUCAGACAGCCUACCUACCACAGAGUGAAAAUGAGAUUAACAUUAUCAGUGAAAUAAUUUUCUUAUCCCCUUUCCUCUUGUAUUUAGUCAAAACUUAGAUUCACUAAUGGUCCUGUGAGUUGGUUUAGAAUGGUGUGGGCUUUAUGUUAUUUGGAAAACAUCUCUGCAAUGUUCUCCAUGUGAAAGCCAGUUUAGGCCAGUCCAUACUAAUUGAAGUCUUGUGGCAAAGGGUUUAAUGAGUUAGUUGGACCGCACAGACUAGGGCGUUUUCCAUAUCUUUUCCAACUCUAGAUACUCUGAGCCCAAAAUAUUUUGAGCAGAAGCCCAGAAAAUGAUGCCUACAUAAAAGUACACAGUAUCCUCAGUUGUUAUGAGUAUAAUCUUGAUCUUAUACUCGUGGAUAUUUUGCUCUAGUUUGCUUCAGUUAUUUUGCUUUCGUGGGAAGCUAGGACGUUGCUUGUGCCAGCACCUCACCCACAGUAAAACCUCACAUAGAGCUUGUGACUGUUUAAAAAUAUCAUGUGCACUUAUCCCAUGUGAAUGAAAAAGAAAAAUGUGAAAGAUCUUAUGCAUGAAGGAAUACCAUAUGUUGUUUAAAACAUGAAUCAGCUUUGGUUCAUCAAAUCAGAUGAACAGUGAUCAAAGUUAUAGCAGUCAUGUCAUGGCAACGUACUCUUAGUCUCACGAUAUUCAUAUGCCUUUCUUUUGCAAUCAGUAUCACAAUCAGAUGUUAUUGUGAAGCCAGAACAAUGCAUUUUUGGAUUUUGCUUGUAUCACAAUGAUAAUUCAGCAUUUGACACCAAUCCUGUAUUACAUUAAGAGUUUGGCUCACUCAAUCCAUUGUAUUUUUCUAUUGUAAAACUAACAACUUCCACAUUUUAUUUAUCAACAGAUGUUAUAGAUUACAUCAAUAUUAUAUACUUGCAUAGAGAAUAUUUAGGAGGAGAUUCGAUAUACCUAACAGUGUCAUACACUAAAGAUUUGUUUGGUGGUCGUGUCCACUGAUAGUGCAGUAGGUCAUGGUCUCAUCUAUUAGCUCUGUCUAGCAUCAUGUCAGCUUGUGAUUUUAUGGUUUUAAAAUGUGUCCUUUUAACAGUGUCUACUUUUCAUACCACUGACGUCUAAAGCCUGACCGUUGGCAGGAGUCCAUUGAUUGGGGACCAGUUUUAACACAUUCAGAAACUAUCAGGGACCAAAUGGCCUGUGCCUCAGUGAAACCAAAUCAGUUUGAGAUAAAUAAAAUGUCAAAUAACAACA